AUGGCACGGCCAAUCCAGGUGAAGCCUGCGGACAGCGAAAGCCGAGGAGGGGACCGGAAGCUGUUUGUGGGGAUGCUGAACAAGCAGCAGUCAGAGGAGGACGUGCUGCGGCUGUUCCAGCCCUUCGGGGUCAUAGACGAGUGCACCGUGCUCCGGGGGCCCGACGGCAGCAGCAAAGGCUGUGCCUUCGUGAAGUUCUCCUCCCAUACGGAGGCUCAGGCGGCCAUCCACGCCCUGCAUGGCAGCCAGACCAUGCCGGGUGCUUCCUCCAGCCUGGUGGUCAAGUUUGCUGACACGGACAAGGAGCGGACGCUGCGGCGCAUGCAGCAGAUGGUGGGCCAGCUGGGCAUCCUGACGCCGUCCCUCACCCUGCCCUUCAGCCCCUACAGUGCCUACGCCCAGGCUCUCAUGCAGCAGCAGACAACGGUCCUGUCCACCUCAGGCAGCUACCUGAGCCCCGGCGUGGCCUUCUCACCCUGCCACAUCCAGCAGAUCGGCGCCGUCAGCCUUAACGGGCUGCCCGCCACACCCAUCGCCCCUGCCUCUGGACUGCACUCGCCCCCGCUGCUCGGCACCACCGCCGUGCCCGGCCUCGUGGCUCCGAUCACCAACGGCUUCGCAGGUGUUGUGCCCUUCCCUGGCGGGCACCCCGCCCUAGAAACCGUAUAUGCCAAUGGCCUUGUGCCCUACCCAGCUCAGAGCCCGACGGUGGCCGAGACCCUUCAUCCUGCCUUCUCCGGAGUCCAGCAGUACACAGGUAGGGAGGUAGCGCGGCCCCCCAUGUACCCCACCGCGGCCAUCACGCCCAUCGCGCACAGCGUCCCCCAGCCGCCGCCCCUCCUGCAGCAGCAGCAGCGAGAAGGUCCCGAAGGCUGUAACCUGUUUAUCUACCACCUCCCCCAGGAGUUUGGAGACACGGAGCUGACGCAGAUGUUCCUGCCCUUCGGCAAUAUCAUCUCCUCCAAGGUGUUUAUGGAUCGGGCCACCAACCAGAGCAAAUGUUUUGGCUUCGUGAGCUUUGACAACCCGGCCAGCGCGCAGACCGCCAUCCAGGCCAUGAACGGCUUUCAGAUCGGCAUGAAGAGGCUCAAAGUGCAGCUGAAGCGGCCCAAAGAUCCGGGACACCCCUACUGACCGGCCCACAGCGCCCCGAGGCUGCGGGCUUGGCCCAGGUGAGCCGCCAGGCGGCCCCGCCCCCGCUCCCGCCCCCACCCAGGUCUUGUCCGCACCCCCUCCUCAUUCUCCAAACCCUCCCGAGGCUGGGGGGAUGCUGCAAGAGGCUACAAGGAGCACCCAGGUUUGGUUGACGGGGACAGAGCUGGACGAAGACACCCCCAAUCCCCCCCUAACCUCCCCCCCACCCUCC